CCACAUCCAUUAAAAACAAAACUUUCCAAACGACAUGUCAUUCUCAAAACCAAACGCUGUCUUUGUCAUUCUCUCAAUAUUGUUCUCUCUAAUAUUCCUCCGUGCAGCCACUGCCACCGACCCUCUCUUUCAUUUUUGCUCCAGCGAAGAAAACUUCACAUCCAAUAGCCCAUUUGCCGCCAACUUAAUCAAACUCCUCACCAGCCGUUUGCCCAUAAAAGUACCUCCGACCGGGUUCGGAGUCAGCUCGACCAGCCAAGGUGGCGAUGGCAGCAGCCAAAUCAACGGGCUUGGCCUCUGCCGCGGCGAUGUCUCAACCGAAAACUGCAAGACCUGUGUUGUUGAGGCCGCCGAAGAGCUUCAACAACGCUGUCCUUACAAUAAGGGAGCCAUUAUAUGGUACGACAAUUGCCUUUUGAAGUACUCAGAUGACGACUUCUUCGGCCAAAUCGAUAGCCGUAACAUGUUCUACAUGUGGAACGUUGAAGAUGUGGACAACCCCGAGUCGUUUAACCCAAAGGUAAAGGAACUUCUUAGUAGUUUGUCAUAUAAAGCAUCGAGAAUAUCAAAGUUGUAUGCCACCGGUGAGCUCGAGCUCGGGGGAGGACCGGACCCGAAGCUAUAUGGUCUGGCUCAGUGUACUCGGGACCUUAAUGGGAUGGACUGUAAGAAGUGUCUUGAUGAUGCAAUAAGCGAACUUCCAAACUGUUGCACUGGAAAAAUAGGAGGUCGUGUUGUUGGUGGUAGUUGCUAUGUUAGAUAUGAGAUUUACUCUAUUGUUGAUGCUUAAUUUAAAUCUUUUAUCAUUAGAUCAUAUUAUAUAUAGUGCUUUAAAUAAGUAAGAAAUGAAUGUUAGUUGUUUUCAUCAUCAUCAAGCAAAUUAGAUCAUGUGCACGCUCUUACUUAAGUUUGUUUCAGUUAAUAAUUAGUAUAAUAUCAUAAUGAAUAAUAAAUAUUAUAAGUCUUA